GGGAAGUUAAAUCUCGUAGAUUUAGCAGGCAGUGAGCGAGUGUCCAAGAGUGGAUCUGAAGGUGCCCGAAUGAAAGAGGCUCAAAACAUAAACAAGUCUCUUUCCUCUUUGGGCGACGUAAUUCACUCUUUGAAAAACAAGAACUCUCACGUGCCGUAUAGGAACUCCAAGCUUACCUACCUACUGCAGGAAUCCUUAGGUGAGUCAGUUAAAUGUGCUAAAAAAAUAUGCGAGAAAACUAAAAAUAGAACUAGGAUGUAUAAGGUAAUUAGUUGGUAAUAAAGAGGAUCCGGAAUAAGGAAUGGGGACCUUAGAUCCGACAACGGCGACGUCCAUUAAGAUGUCGCUGAAAAAUACACUUCUCAUCCUUGCACACUAUUUUGCGAUUAUCUCAAGUCCCCCUGUUACUUAAAAGAAGGGAAUUUAGGUUGGAGCUGAAGAGAGGGGAUCGCGCCCAAGUUCAGACAGAGAUGGUAGAAUUUAUUGCCUUGCAGUUCCCGUUCUCAAGUAAACUUAAAAUUUGGUCAUUUCACGUCCCAGUUGUACAGAGACGGCAAAGAAAUUUACAAAAAAGCGUGAUGUUUUUUGCUUCUUAAAUCUGUUGCUUUUUUGACGUUGCCGUCGCCGUCGCCGUCGUAGUUUCGUAAGGUCCCUAAUAUGGGCAGCGCGAAGCGCGAAAAUGAGUGAUAAACAGAAAAUGGAAGAUCUUUAGAUAGGCUACCAAGUCAUCGAAAAUGCUGUGAGCUAUCCCCCUCUUGAGCUUAACUGACUUAACUCAUUGACGCAAGAGUCUUUUCUAAUUUAACUACUUAUUGCAGGAGGUGAUUCUAAGACUCUUAUGGUGGUGCAAGUGGCUCCAGUGGAAAAGAACGUGAGCGAAACUAUGUGCAGUCUGAACUUCGCACAGAGAGUACGAACUGUUGAACUCGGACAAGCCACCAGAAAAACUGAGACUGCAGAAAUGGCGAGCAUGAAGGACAGGUUGCGUGAACUAGAGGUACGAAAAUAA